UGAAAUCCCACUAUAAAUCCCCCUUAUUGUUGUACUUUCCUAAAUUUAUCCUCAAACACCCUCAUCUCCCCCAAAACACACUCUUUCUCUUAUCAAUCUUUUUCCCAAAUCCAUCUCUUUCACAUCUAAUCAAAACCCAUCAUCAUCAAUUUCAAUUCCUACCCAGAAAUUUCAUCAUUCACCAUUUUCUUAUUAACAAUCCCCACAAAAAAUGGAUCACCUCAAAUUCAUGAUCAAUAAAUCCGAAGCAGAAUCAAUUUGCAAAAAAUUAGGCCUAAAUUCUGUCCUAAAUCUUCUCCCAAUCAUAGCGAAAUCGGCUCAAACCCUAGCUCGCAGUCCAAUCUCCAAUUUCCCCGUCGCCGCCGUCGGAUUAUCCUCCGAUGGCCGAAUCUUCAUCGGCGUUAAUGUCGAAUUUCCUGGAUUACCCCUUCAUCAUUCCAUCCAUGCCGAACAAUUUCUGAUAACAAAUAUGUCUCUUCACCCAGAAACCCAUCUGAAGAACAUUGUUGUUUCGGCGUAUCCUUGCGGUCAUUGCCGUCAAUUUCUGCAAGAAAUUCGUGGUGCGCCUGAUAUUCAGAUCUUAGUUUUGAAUACCCAUAAAUGUGAUGAACAAACCCUAAUUAAUCGGCACCGGAUUGAUGUAGAAACAGAUUCUUUUACACCUUUAUCUCAAUUUUUACCUCAUAGAUUUGGUCCUGAUGAUCUUUUACAUAAAGAUGUACCCCUAAUUUUAGAAACCCAGAACAACAAUUUGAUUCAUGAUGCUGAUAAAAUUACCCAAAUUGGUAAUUUGUGUAAUGGGUUUUCUCAAAUUAGGGAAACAGAAUUGGUUUUAGCUGCAUUUGAGGCUGCAAAUAGGUCCCAUGCGCCGUAUAGUGGGUGUCCUUCUGGGGUUGCUUUGGUUGAUGAUAAUGGUAGAAUCUAUACAGGGUCAUACAUGGAAUCUGCUGCUUAUAAUCCUAGUAUGGGUCCUGCUCAAGCUGCCAUUGUUGCUUAUAUGGCAGCGGCGGAAGGUGGUGAAGGUGGCUGUAAUGGUGGUUUUGAGAGGAUUUCUGGGGCUGUUCUGGUUGAAAUUGAAGGUGCAACGGUUAGACAAGAAGAGACUGUAAGAUUGUUUUUUAAAGCUGUUUCUCCUAAAUGUAAGUUUCAUGUCUUCCAUUGCCAGAAAUCAAAUUGUUCUUGAAUGGAUCAUGGGAAUCAUGAAAAUGUCACUAUUUAUUCAGCAAUAGUUACAACUGGUUCUGACAUAUUAGGUGGAAAAAUAUUCGUAUUGAGCGGAAGUAUAAUGGAAUGGAGGAAGUAUUAAUUAUGUUUUAUAAUUUGAUAAUAAUAAUUAAGCUGUAAUCUAAUCAUUGUGUAUAGAAAUAAUUUUGAAAUGGUUUAAGUUUCUACAUUUAGUAUUGGUCAAUGUUUUUUUUUUUUUUUUU